UGAGGGGAUUUAUUGGAUUUUCGUAGGCCGUGUUUGUGGGACGGAUUGCUGAAUUGAUACUGGUUCCGGUUCUCUUCGGCUGAAAACUAUUUUGAAGCUUUUUUGUUUGUUUUUUACAAAAGGUUGGAUCAUCAAUCAUAUGUGACACAAAUCAUAUGAUAUGUGCUAUGAAUAUGCAAUGGCUGAACAUUUACCAAUUUGCCAGGCUCAAGUUGAGCAUUGUAGCAAACAAUACCUACCUACUAAAGCUCAAGUUUUUCUAGGUCGGCAACUGGCUGAGGUAGUCAGUGAAGGACUGAAGGUCGUACUGGCCUCCGUGUGAGGAGCCGUCCCCGCGCCGUCCGGCCUGUCUCCCUCGAACACAGCCGCCAUGUCGGCUUUCUCCACGGCUGUGUUUGUCAAGAAGCUGGGCGAGCUGAACAACACGACGCCCAGCAUUCAGACACUGUCGCUGUGGCUGAUCCACCACCGCAAACAUGCCUCCACUAUCGUACAGACCUGGAAAAAGGAGGUCCUCAGAGCUCCUUCAAAGAAGAAGCUGACCAUGAUGUACCUGGCCAACGACGUGAUCCAGAACAGCAAGAAGAAGGGCACCGAGUUUAACCUGGCGUUCGCGCCGGAGCUACCGAGCGUAUACCGCCACUUGGGCGGCACAUCCCUGGACGAGAAGACCGAAUCGGGCGUGGUGCGACUGCUGAACGUGUGGCAGGAGCGCGGCGUGUUCACCUCCCUGCAAAUCUCCGGGUUCCGGACCGCAUUCGAGACGGGCAGCAAGAGUCCAUCCAUGAGUCCAGCCAUCAGUCCCAACAUGAGUCCGGAUGGCCUCUUCAAGGAGCCGCCGCCCAAGAAGAAGAAGCUGCCGGCCAAGUCGCCGCUCGCCGAGGAACCCAAGAAGCCCGAGGCCGGCGGAAAGCCCCCGGACGGACCGCCGCCUCCGCGAGAGCACGACGGCCAGAAGAGCCAGGACCAGCCCGACCAGAAGAAGCACCACGAGCACAAGAAACACCACGAGGAGAGGAAGCGACACGAGGAGCGCCGGAAAUCCUCCGAGGAACGGCGCAAGUCCUCCGAGGACCGCAAGAAACCCGAGGUUAAGGAGGUGGAGGUGGAGGGUCACAAGGAGGUGCACGUGAUGCUGUCGCCCCACUCGCCGGUCCGAGACCCGCCCGAGCCCUCCGAGCUCAUCACCGCACUGCAGGACCUGGAGAACUCGGCCUCGUCAGAUGCUGCCACCCGUGAGAAGAUCUCCAGCCUGCCCCCGGAGGUGUCCGACACUAAUUUACUCGCCAGACUACAGGACCGUACGUCCGGACAGCGGCUGCUGGCGCAGGUCACCGAGGCCGUCGACAUGCUGACCGACUACAACGGACGCCUGGCCGGUGAGAUGGAUGAGCGGAAACGGGUCACACGACUGCUGCAGGACUUCACGCAGAGCCAGAAGGACCUGCUCGCCCAGGCCGAGCGCACGCUCGAGGAGUACCGGGAAAAACUGCAGAAGGUCUACUUGGUGCGCGAGGAGCUCAAGUCGCACAUCCAAAACCUGCCCGACAUCAGCAAACUGCCCAAUGUUACCGGCGGCUUCGCGCCGCUGCCAUCUGCCGGCGAUUUAUUCAGUUAGUAGUGCGCUCCGUCGCCGCCACCAGCCGAUAGCGCUGGUGUUGCAAUGGAGCCCACGCAUCGCCUGAGCGUGAUUUUAUGCGGAACGCGCUGCUCUGCGAGAGGAUCUCGAUCUGCCGGUGGUAUGCAGAGCACACGAUCGGCACGGUCAUCAAUGGGUGCCUGAUCUUUCAGCGGGACCGGCGCGCACAUAUUGUGGGGGCCGGCCCGGCCGCUGUCCGCGCAAAUCCGCUGCUGGGCGCUGGUGCAGUGCUGGGCGCCGCUACUGUAGUGCUGACAUGGUGCUGGGCGCCGCUACACUGCGCUGGACCGGCUGUUAGCGCUGGUAAAAUGCACCAGCACUGCAGCCCGACACGCGAGCAGAUGAUCGAGCCGGAUUGUGUGCAAGUGUACCCACGCGUGCAUGUGUGUGUGUGUGGUGUAUGUGCGAAUGAGAGCACGCAGCGUCUGAAUGCGCGUCGUGCAGCCAUUGUUAUCCUGGUCAGUCCCUGCCUGCGCGUCGCGGUCACUCGUGUUACCGGUCACCAUAUGCAUACGACUCGGCCCGGUCACGUGAUGUGUGCCGGCGUGCACUGGGCCGGUCACGUGAUUGGCGGUUUUCGUUUUGCUAUUGACUAAUGUGGCGUGUUGAGUGGAGUUCUGUUACCUGUAAUACUGUGUUGGAUGGAGAGGGGAGGGGGAUCCGUGACGGCAGCACUGCUCACUGCCAGCAGGGAGGGGGAGGCGCGGAAAAGUCGCUGGUGGGCGGUGAUUUAAAUGAUGUGGACAGCAUUCAAUGAGCUGAGCGAUCCCGCGCAAAUGGAUCGGUCUUGACACUGCUUGACAGAUGCUGGACGAAACCGUGGGACGAGGCGGAAAGUCCCGGCUAAGUGGCCAUUCUGAGGCAUUCAUCGAGGCUUACCUUUUUGCCUAGUGAGCGCAAUCGACUGGGACGGUCCCCGCGCCUGGCUUUCUGUCGAGUGAGUUCAUACGCACUGGGUGAAUCGAGCAUCACCCUUGUAUUCAUAAUUCAUAUUGUAUCUGAUGCGUGGAGGCUGUUUGGCCGAGUGACGUCAUACGCUGACGUCAGCGGCCGCUGAGCGAUGACGUCAUGUGUGUUGUGUGUGUGAUGUCACCGCCGACUGCCAUCGAGGACCUGUUCACGUUCGCUGUUUAGCCGGGACUGGAUGCAGUUCUCCUGCGACUCCGUCGCCAGAGCUGGAAUACAAACAGCAGUGGCUGCCCCGUCCCGACCUUUGCGAGGGUUCGGUGUCGUACAGCCCACCGCUAAAGUAA